UUGCAGUUUGCGAAUGAAAAAUCUUCUAUAAACCAGACCUUCGUUCAAGCGAUGGAAUAAUAUAGUAAAAUAGCUCGAGUCGCUUGGAUUAUUUCAAGAUGGCGGUUGCCAGGAGUGGGGAGAUAAAACGAUUAUUAGUGGUUGGUUUAGCAUGUUUAGAUAUCAUCAAUACAGUUGAGCAUUAUCCUCAAGAAGACGAGGAUAUGCGGGCUUUGUCACAACGUUGGCAGAAAGGCGGAAAUGCUGCAAAUGCGAGUGAAGUAUUAUCACAAACUCUAGACACUUGUUGUGAACUUUUAUGCUCUCUCAACGAAGGAAUUGAAGGACAAUACGUGAGCGAAGAGCUCAGAAAUCGAGGUGUUUUAAUAGAAAAUUGUCCGGUUAAAAAAAACUGCGGCUUUCCGACUUCCUGUGUGUUGGUAAACGAAGUUACUGGCUCCAGAACUAUAGUACACUCUCGUAACAAUCUUCCUGAAUUAGAAUUCAAAGACUUUGACAUAAUUGAUCUUAGCUUAUACUCCUGGAUUCAUUUUGAAGGAAGAAGAAAUGUUGAUGAGAUUAUUAAGAUGAUAAGAAAGGUGGAGAACUUGAAGAAAGAAGAAAAUCUGCGGAUUAAGAUUUCGGUGGAAAUUGAGAAAAAACGACCGGAACUACGAGCCCUAUUUGAUCAAGCAGAUGUAGUAUUCAUCGGCAAAGAUUUCGCCCAAUUCUCAGGAUUUAGUACUCCCGAGGAAGCAGUGAUGGGGUUAUCUACACAAGUACCUACUAACUCGGUUCUCGUGUGCCCCUGGGGGGAGAGUGGUGCAGUGGCAAGGGGGUGUGCAGGGGAGAUUUGCACAUCCCCCGCCUACCCACCAACGAAAGUGGUCGAUACACUUGGGGCAGGAGAUACGUUUCUCGCUGGAGUUAUAUUUUGUCUGAACCAAGGCAGGAUGAUCAACGAUGCCAUUCAGUUUGGUUGUAAAUUAGCAGGAAGAAAAUGUGGUAUGCAGGGAUUUGAUGAGCUGAAAGUAACUCCAAAUGACGAUCAGUUCUAAGGAUUGAUGGAAAUGUCCUUGUUAACCUUAAUCUUAAUCUGCUUUGUCAUCACUGAAGCGGCCGACGUGCUUCAAUAAACAAUGAGUAUUACUCCUAGAAACUUUGCACUAAUUUCAGUGAUUUGUACGUAAUGAUCAAUAAAAUUGUAACAACCUUUUGCAGCUCGUUUUUUGUAUCAAAUACACACCUUGUUUAAAGACGCUUAAUUUACAAGGCGAAAUCGAAAUUGGGAAUUGAAGUCUUAAAUGCAAAUCAUUUGACCGCAUCUGUAAACACAACAUAAAAUCACCUCCCUUUAUCACGAGAGAAACCGCAGUUUUGGAAACGCUUUUUCACGCCAGACGAACGUAGAAAACCGU